GUGUACAUGUCUCUUUGGUGAGGAUGCCAUAACUCCAGAGUUUCUCCUGUCCUCCUUCAAGGAUUAUAUUCCCUCUGCCGAUCAAGAGGUCCUUGACAAUAAUGUGCUUAAGCGAGGAGUUUGAUCCACAGUCUGAUGAAGUACUUGACUUCCUGGGUACCUUCAAGUGCUUUAAAAUGCCAACAAAAGAAACCAUUAAGACCAUCAUCAGUGAGAUUGCUCAUCAGGAAUUGGUGCAAAAACCAAGAUACAUUCUCAGCAGUUGGGCUCCAAUUCUAGCACAGCUAAAGCAAGAUGUCAGCUUUACAACAGUGGAAGCCAUUGAUGGGCUAUAUAAAGCAAAAGAAGCAACACCAAAGAAAAUAAUCAGCCUUUUAAAGGUAGAUCCAAAAAAUGAAGCUGAGAGACAAACCCUUGCACACCUCAAGAGGUUUAUUAAAAGCCUGGAAGCCAAGCCACUUCAACGAUUUUUACAUUUUUGCACUGGAAGCAAUGUGAUUUCUUGUGAAGGUAUUGAUAUCACUUUCACUGAUAUGUCUGGAUUUGGACGUCACCCUGUGGUCCAUACAUGUGGCCCCUUACUAGAAAUUCCAUGCACUUAUGAGUCAUAUCCAGAACUUGUGGAAGAGUUUACAAAUGUAAUGAAGGAUGACCAGGCUUGGGCUUUUGACAUUGCAUAGGGACUAUCAUUUAUAUGUGAAUAUUGUUUUAAGUUUCACAUAAACAUUGACUAAAACAACAAUGCACUUGCCUGUUUUUGAAAAGCAAAAGCAUUAUACAUUAUUAUAUGUUAUUGUGUUACAGUGCGGCUAUCAAAACCGGGGCCACUUGAUUAAAGCCAGCCAAUCAGAAGACAGCAAAAGUACAAUAAAACCAGAAAAACAUAUAGCAUUGACCAAUGAAUUUGAAGUGUUCUCACGCUAAUUAGAAGCUUGAACUGAAAGCUGCAAUAUGAUUGGUUAGUUAUCCGAUUUAUCUAAGUGGCCCCGGUUUCAAUAGCCGCACUGUAAUAUGCAAUGUUAUAUAUACAGCAUUGCAAGAAGAAAUAUUUAGCAGGAAUUCGUUCAUUGUUUUAAGGUUUUGAAGUUAUCUUUCUGUUAUACACUUAAACAGUUCCUAAUCAUCAAUUUUUUAAAUGUUUUGCAAGAAGGUGUAAGUUGUAUAGAGUUAUGGCCAUUUAUGUUAAUAAUACAGGUCACUACAAAGACAAAUGUUUCAUUGAUGAUUCAUUAUUAUUUGUUGAUGUUUAUAUUUAUUUUUCAUGUUAAAAUAAACAUGUUUUUAUUACUGGUAUCUAUGAUAUGCAAAAUAUUGGAAGAUCAAGUCUAGCCUGAUAUUUCAGUCGGAUAUAUGGAAUGUUCAUGGGAUCAAUGUACUUAACAUCCCCCAAUCGGUGCAUAUUAGUGAUAAAAUAUGUUGUUAUUAACUGUUCUAUUAGGCAGAAAGUUCUUGUUAGAAUCUUGUUACUGUUACUUGUUUGUUAAUUGUGAUUAUCUUGAUAAAUUUGAUUACUGUUGCAAAUUCAAAAUUUAUAAAUAUAGACAAAAACUAUAUACCUAAAUAAAAAUAUUUUGAAAUUUUGGUGUACUUGAUUAUAGUCUCUUCUCUCCUUACU